AUGAGAGGGAUGCUCAGGGUGGCUCAUUGUCCUGGCAUGAGUUGCACGUUGGUGCUCCACCUCACAUCCGUGUUGGCUGCUGUCAUCAAUCACGGCAGCGGCGGAACCCCAACUCACAAGCUGCUCAUUGGCUUUCAGGCUCCCUGGAACAUGUCCUUCCCCUUCAGCGCCCAGAGGCUGGGCUCGGCCAUCCAGAUAGCCGUGGAGAAGGUGAACAACAACCCCUCCUUCCUGGGGAACUACAGUCUAGAUUUUGUGUACGAGGACACGAACUGUAAUCCCAAAGAGUCCCUGGGAAGAUUCAUCCACCAGGUGUGGAGGGACAACGUGACGGCUCUGUUCGGUCCAGCCUGCCCCGGAGAGGCUGAGGUGACUGGCCUUAUUGCAUCGACGUGGCACAUCCCGAUGUUUGGCUUCGUGGGGCAGUCCUCCAAAAUGGACGACAGCGAUGUCUACGACUCCUACAUCAAAAUCGUGCCCCCCCUAAAGAGAAGCUCAGAGGUCCUGGUGAAGACCUUGGAGUUCUUCGGAUGGAGCCACGUGGCGAUGAUCGGAGGCGGAGUAGAGACCAGCACCUGGGACAAAGUCGAUGCUCUGUGGAAAACGUUCGAGGACCCAUUGAGGGCCAAAUUCAAGCUGACCGCAGAGGUGAAGUUUGACACCAGCGACCCCAAGCUGCUUCACCAAAACGUAAAGUACAUUUCAACAGUCGCCAGAGUUAUUGUAGUGCUCACAAACAAAGAGGACUCAGUGGCUCUGCUGAUGGAGGCUGAGCAUCAGGGUAUGAUGAACGGUGACUAUGUGUUCUUCCUGAUUCAGCAAUUUGAGGUCAGUAAAGGCGUGGAAAACCUUUGGAAAAAUGACCUGAACAGAAAGAUGGACCCGGCUGCCAUCAGAGCGUUUGACAUGACUUUUAUCAUCGGCCAGAAAUCCUACGAAGGAUACGAGUAUUACGACUUCUCCAAGCAAGUGUUCCAAAGACUAAAGCAGCCUCCUUUUCAGAGUAACAUCACAUCCGAAAGUGAGGUUAGCCCCUACUCGGCCUAUCUGCACGAUUCGGUUCUUCUGUAUGCGAUGGGGCUGAAGGAAGUUUUGAAAGAUGGUCAAGAUCCAAAUGAUGGCCGGCAGCUUCUACAGAGACUGAAAAACAAAACCGACAUUCGAUUUUAUGGCGCCUCUGGGCUGGUUCACUUCGACGAGGAGGGAGAGAGAAGUCUGGACUAUUCCAUUUAUGACCUGCAGCAUGUAGGAGACACCGUCAAGUUUGUGCCCGUCCUGCAUUUCGAGAGUCAAACCAAAAGUGUCAGGCCAACGUCGAAGUUUGCCUCCAUGGUUUGGCCGAAGGGACGACCCCCCACGGACUUGCCGGAGUGUGGUUUCAACAAUGAAGUCUGCGAAUGGGUGACCAACGACAUCGCUCUGCUGGCCGUGCUGGUGACCUUCCCCAUCAUCGGCGUGGUGGCGGUUCUGUGCAUCGGGGUGCUCAUGCUGCAGAAGUUCAGACUCCAGGACCGGCUGGGGGACUCCUGCUGGUGGAUGAUCAACUACAGCGACAUCGUCAUCAUCAGGGAGCCCUCAGUACGGGCGCCCCAGACCUUGGGGCUCCGGGAGUGGGAGGGUGUCACUGGAAACCAGGGUUUAUCCCAAGGCUCUGCAGGUAGUCAGAGUGGGAGCGGCAGCUGUCAGACCACUUUUUCCAGCAGCAGUUACGACCUGAGGGACAAGAUGGGCAAAGAGCACGUCUACACCACCAUAGGUCUCUAUCAGGGAAAUCAAGUGGCCAUCAAGAACCUUAAAGACCACGAAAACUUUAAUUUCCACAAACCUUCAGUCAUUGCAGAGUUCAAUGUGAUGAAAGAGAUGAAACAUGAGAACCUGGCGCAGUUUUUCGGUGUCUGCAUCGAGGCUCCAAACAUCUGUUUGGUCAUUCAGUACUGCAAGAAAGGCAGUCUGAAGGAUGUUCUUCGGGCAUCAGACAUCGAUUUGGAUGGGAUGUUCAAGCUGUCGUUUGCAUAUGACAUUGUCAAUGGAAUGGAAUUCAUUCACAAGAGCAGACUUAAAUUUCACGGGAACCUGAAGCCCAGUAAGUGUCUGAUGGAUAGUCGGCUCCAGAUCAAACUCUCUGGCUUUGGGUUGUGGGAGGUUAAAUAUGGCAACAGAAACAAGAUCAGCCCACCGGAUAACCCCAUAUAUGAAGAGAUGUACUGGACAGCCCCCGAACUUCUGAGACAGGUCGGCCUUCCAGUUAAAGGAACGGCUAAAGGUGACGUCUACAGCUUUGGCAUCAUUAUGUGGGAGCUCAUGUAUAACUCCAAAGCAGGACCAUAUCAAGACAUCAACUUGGAUCCCAAAGAGAUUAUAAUGCAGUUGAGGACGCCUUUACGGGGAGAACCUGUCCGGCCAGUGCUGUCCGAUCAACUGUGUGACGAGAAGGUUAACGCGCUGCUAAAGGCCUGCUGGAGUGAAAAUCCUGAACACCGGCCACCAUUUGGAUCUAUUCGGAGACGGCUGAGGGACAUCAGUCCAGAGAGUCAUUCAAAUAUCCUGGAUAACAUGGUGGACAAGUUAGAGAAGUAUGCGAAUCACCUGGAGGAGGUGGUGGAAGAGCGAACCAACCAGCUCACGGUGGAGAAAGCCCGGGCAGACAAGCUUCUCUCCAGCAUGCUGCCGAGGUACAUUGCAGACCAGCUGAUGUCAGGGAAGUGUGUGGAGCCACAGAGUUACGACAUGGUGACCAUCUUCUUCUCAGACAUUGUGGGCUUCACCUCCAUGUGCUCCGUCAGCUCUGCACUGGAGGUGGUAAACUUCCUCAAUGACCUCUACAGUCUGUUUGACGACAUCAUAAAGAUGUAUGAUGUCUACAAAGUGGAAACCAUUGGGGAUGCCUACAUGGUAGCCAGCGGCUUGCCUAUUAGCAAUGGCAACAAGCACGCUUUGGAGAUAUCCAUGAUGGCUCUACAUUUCCUCAGAGCCAUUCAAGUCUUCGAAAUCCCUCACAUGCCUAAUAAGAUCCUUUCAAUUCGCGUUGGUAUACAUUCUGGUCCGGUGGUUGCUGGAGUGGUGGGCACCACUAUGCCUCGCUAUUGCCUCUUCGGUGACACGGUGAACACGGCCUCUCGCAUGGAAAGCAAUAGCUUACCUCUGAGGAUUCACAUAUCUCAGUCCACGGCUGACAUUCUUGUCCAGGCUGGAUCAUAUGAGCUGGAAGAAAGAGGGGAAAUCGAAAUGAAGGGCAAAGGUUUCCAGAAGACCUACUGGUUGUUGGACAAAAUUGGAUUUAAUCCUCCUCCUGUUGCCCACGAGUCUCCACAAGCUAGCAGUAACAAACUACAAACAGAGGUACAGCCAGUGAAAAGACACUCCCAUCAGUCAGUGUUUGAUAAAAGGAGCUGA